GGAGGCCUCAGAAGAGGCAGAAGAGGAGACAGAGAGGGCGCCAGCUUAGUCUGUACCCACCAGUCCACCGGCCUCUCCAGCAGCUGCUGAGCUAUGAGCCACACCAGAGAUUUACAAGGAGGAAAAGCCUUCGGGCUGCUGAAGGCCCAGCAGGAAGACAGACUGGAUGAAAUCAACAAGCAAUUCCUGGAUGAUCCCAAAUAUAGCAGUGAUGAGGAUCUGCUCUCCAAACUGGAAGCCUUCAAGAGGCUUGGUUAGCAACUCCUUUCUCAAUCCCCUGCCAUGCCCCCUCCCGAGGACCCUCCAGCCAGCGCUGACCCUAUCUGCUUUCUCCCCUCACCCAGAGAAAUACAUGGAGUUUGACCUGAAUGGAAACGGAGAUAUCGAUAUCAUGUCCCUGAAGCGAAUGCUGGAAAAACUCGGGGUCCCCAAGACCCACCUGGAGCUGAAGAAACUAAUCAGGGAGGUGUCCAGCGGCUCUGGGGAGACUUUCAGCUACUCUGACUUUCUCAAGAUGAUGUUGGGAAAGAGAUCUGCCAUCCUAAAAAUGAUCCUGAUGUACGAGGAGAAAGCAAGAGAACAGGAGAAGCCAGCAGGUCCCCCAGCCAAGAGAAAUAUCUCUGAAUUGCCCUGAUUUAUGGUAGGGGAGAUGUGGUGGGAUUGAUGGGGUUCCUAAUCACCCCAGCAUGGAAAAAGAACACAGAAUUGUGAGCCACAGUUACGCUAAAUUAAAUAAACUAUCCUCCUUCUCCAGAUUAA